GCAAGGCCGCUGGUGACGCACUGCCGGCCGCGCCGCUGUUCUGCAGGCCCGGGAGGGCAAGACCUGCCUUGGGCUUCCGUGCACCUCGGGGCCCGCGGUCACCGUCCCGGCCCCGCGGGGGAGUCCGCGGAUCUCGCGGGUUCCCAGUUUUCCAAACUUGAAGUGUUUUCCAAUCAAAGCAAAGAGAAAAUUUGUGGAUGUCGAAUAUGCAAGGAACUGAAAAGAGCAAGAAUGGACGAAAUACCUGUCCAGGUUGGGAGAACAGGCCUGCUUCAAAGCAGGAUGUCUCUGAAGUUGAUUCAUCAGGAAUAGUAGCAGAGAGAUUCCAAGAGAAUAAAUAUCAGGAUUCUACAUCUGAAGAAAAAUAUGCAUGUGAGAGCAUGAAGGAAAACUCCCCUGGAGAGGUUACUGGACCAUACCUUUUCCAGGAAGGAGGUUUUGCAGGAAUAACUUUCAUCCACAAGGAAAGACACCCUGAAAUGAUAACCCAAGAAUAUAAUUUUGAGAAAAGCUUGCUUUUGACCUCUAGCCUUGUUACACAUCUUAGGGUUUCUACAGAAGAGAGCCUGCAUCAGUGGGAGACAAGUAGCAUGCACACUGAGAUUUCAGAUCAAAGUAGAUGUCCAACCCUCUCUACACAGAAAAAAUCUUGGAGAUGUAAUGAAUGUGGAAAAACCUUUACUCAGAGUUCAUCCCUUACCCAACAUCAGAGAACUCAUACUGGGGAGAGACCCUACACAUGUGAGGAAUGUGGGAAAGCCUUUAGUCGUAGCUCAUUCCUUCUUCAACAUCAGAGAAUUCACACUGAAGUGAAACCAUAUGGAUGUGAGCAGUGUGGGAAAGCAUUUCGAUGUCGAUCAUUUCUUACUCAGCAUAAGAGAAUCCACAGUGGAGAGAAACCUUAUAAAUGUAAUGAAUGUGGAAAUUCCUUCCGCAGUCAUUCGCAUCUCACUGAACAUCAGAGGAUUCACGCUGGAGAGAAACCUUACAAAUGUAACAGAUGUGGGAAAGCAUUCAAUCAGAACACACACCUUAAACAUCAUCAGAGAAUUCACACUGGUGAGAAGCCUUAUUUAUGCAAUGAAUGUGGUUCUUCUUUCCGCAAACACUCAAAUCUUACACAACAUCGGAGAAUUCAUACUGGAGAAAAACCCCAUAAAUGUGAUGAAUGUGGGAAAGCCUUCCAAACAAAGGCAAAUCUCUCUCAGCAUCAGAGAAUUCAUACUGGAGAGAAACCCUAUAAGUGUAACGAAUGUGGCAAAGCCUUUUGUCAGAGUCCAUCCCUUAUUAAACAUCAGCGAAUUCAUACUGGAGAAAAACCUUAUAAAUGUAAGGAAUGUGGCAAAGCUUUUACUCAGAGCACCCCACUCACUAAACAUCAGAGAAUUCAUACCGGGGAGAGACCCUACAAAUGCAAUGAAUGUGGUAAAGCCUUCAUUCAGAGCAUUUGCCUUAUUCGGCACCAGAGAAGUCACACUGGAGAAAAACCCUAUAAAUGCAAUGAAUGUGGGAAGGGCUUUAAUCAGAAUCCCUGCCUCACUCAGCAUAUGAGAAUUCAUACUGGAGAGAAGCCCUAUAAAUGUAAGGAAUGUGGGAAAACCUUUGCUCAUAGCUCAUCUCUUACUGGACAUCACAGAACUCAUACUGGUGAGAAGCUCUAUAAAUGUAGUGAAUGUGAGAAAGCUUUCCGCAAGUAUGCACACCUUAGUGAACAUUACAGAAUUCACACUGGUGAGAAGCCUUAUGAAUGCAUUGAAUGUGGAAAAUUCUUCAGACAUAGUUCAGUCCUUCUGAGACAUCAGAAGCUUCAUGGUGGUGAAUAAUCUUGACAUUUUUAGUUAUGACCAUUUGUCUAGAGAUAAUGACUAGGAAUCUGGCUUGAGAGAUGGUGGGCAGGUAGAAAGGUAGAGUUCCUAGAGGGAGGGAUGAAAGAACCCUGACUACUGCCUUCUGAGAAGAGUAUUUCUAGAAAUGGAGGCAGGAGCUUGGAAAAUUCUGGGCCUACUCUUGGUGGGCAUCUGAAAAUACAGGGUAGAUACAAGGAAGUUCCUGCUUUUCUGAUAAAGCCCUGCUGGUUGCCACUCCUCCCUUCCCAUGUGGCUCUUCUACCUAUGAGUUGACAUUUCAGCUAGCACGUGUGUUUCCUAUACUGCCCCAACCUUCCCACUUUGUCAUCUGUGUUCACUGGCUGUAGGUGAGAUGCUUUUCCACACAAUAUCAUUCUGAAAGUGGUGACAGCUCUGAGGUAGUACUAGACAGCCUCCAGAUAUUUGAGGCAGUUGUGACCAAGCUGCUUAGGGGAGGCUGCCCACACUGUGAAGUGGGAAGUUGCCCAUGAAGGGGAGAGAGAAGCAAGUGAAACCAAAAAGAAACAAACAAACAAAAAAAAAACAAUCUAAUAUGUGAAUAAAGGAAUAUGUGACAAGAACUGGGCUGAUCCUUGCAUACAUGCUGGCAAAGAAGGCUUUUAACAGGGUGAGGAAGGACUUUCCUUAUCCUUUCAAGCUUGUGGAGACUUGGGGUUAAGAAAAUAAGAGACUUCAUUGGGAAGUAGGACAGAUGUGCUAAGAGGGCCUGGGAAAGGAGGACCAAUGCUCUGUCUUAGAGGAAUGCUGACUUACCCAGAAGAGAAAUUAUCUGUCCUAGGUUGAUGUGGUAAGAGGCCUUGGAACAGGAAACCUACAUGCAACAAACAAGUCAGCUAUUUACCCCUACCCUGGAUUUAGGUGUAUACCUACCUCUCAUAUGUUUGGCCGGGCCACUGGUUAGCAGGGACCAGGGAAGAGAGACCCACUAGAGUAACAGUGUCUAAAAAGUGGGACUUGGCUUGUUGAACUGUAGGGAGGAGAAAACAUUAGUGAAGAAGGAAGAAGACUCUAGUUUGGCUGGAGUUGAGGCUCUGCUGGACCACUUCUAAAGAGAGUGUUGACAGGUAUGUCUUGAAGGGCUGGGUUUCCAUAUUAGAUUUCAGGUGUUUCUCUUUUUAUUAGGACUAUUAUAUUCUUGGAUAUUUGCCCUUCCCUGCAUUUAAGGAGUAUCUUGGAAAACACUUCUCAUUGAAUAAAUUUGGAAAGAGUCCUGGAGAGAAUUACUUGUUUUUCAAAUCCCUGAAAAGAUAGCAUGGUUUGCCACUGACUGUGAUGAUAUUUUAUUAUUUUGAGGGAAAUGGCACGGUUUUCCUUUUAUUUCCCGCAUUCCCGUUCAUGUUCUUGAGUCCUACCCAGCAAUUGAGCUCCAGAAGAUUAUGAGGUUAGUCUUUGGCCAGUAUUUGAAAAAAGUUUCUAAGCUCUCAAGACUUAUAGAAGUUGAAAAAAUAUGACUAUUAAAAUCAACUAAGGUAAGUUGAUUCUGGCAUAGUUGAUAGUUCGGAACUCAGCAUUGAUUUUUCCAAACCAACUAUUUUGUCAGCAUUGGUUUGGGCCAUUAAUUACCAUUAAUGGGAAUGCAGCAGAAAUAUCGUAUACAAUUUUCCCUCUCUAGUUAUGAAUAUUAUGUUCUGAAAACUCUCCAUAAAGGGAUUCAUCAUUGAGGAAAUUACUACCUUAUGGGCAAAAACAGCCCUAUGAACCCUCUCUCUCUCUAACUGAGCCAUCUCGAUAGGUGAACUCGCUGCCCUCCCCCCUACGUGGGACCCGACUCCCAGGGGUGUAAAUCUCCCUGGCAACGCAGAGUAU